GCCGUCCCUAGAGUAGAGAUGGCGGCGACGGCAGCCGAGGUUGCGGCCUCUGGCUCUGGAGAGGCCCGGGAAGAAGCCGAAGCUCCGGGUCCGGCUUGGGAUGAGUCCCAGCUACGAAGUUACAGCUUUCCGACCAGGCCCAUCCCACGUCUGAGCCAGAGUGACCCGCGGGCGGAAGAGCUCAUCGAAAAUGAGGAGCCUGUGGUGCUGACCGACACAAACCUUGUGUAUCCUGCACUGAAGUGGGAUCUCGAAUACCUGCAAGAGAAUAUUGGCAACGGGGAUUUCUCUGUGUACAGUGCCAGCACCCAUAAGUUCUUAUACUAUGAUGAGAAGAAGAUGGCCAAUUUCCAGAACUUUAAGCCAAGGUCCAACAGGGAGGAAAUUAAAUUUCAUGAGUUCGUUGAGAAACUAGAAGCUAUACAGCAGCGCGGGGGAGAAGAGCGGUUGUAUCUGCAGCAAACACUCAAUGACACCGUGGGUAGAAAGAUUGUCAUGGACUUCUUGGGUUUUAACUGGAACUGGAUUAAUAAACAACAGGGGAAACGUGGAUGGGGGCAGCUGACCUCUAACCUGUUGCUCAUCGGCAUGGAAGGAAAUGUGACACCUGCUCACUAUGAUGAGCAGCAGAACUUUUUUGCCCAAAUAAAAGGCCAUAAGAGAUGCAUCUUAUUUCCUCCGGAUCAGUUCGAGUGCCUCUAUCCAUACCCUGUCCAUCACCCCUGUGAUAGGCAGAGCCAGGUGGACUUUGACAAUCCUGACUACGAGAGGUUCCCCAAUUUCCGAAAUGUGGUUGGUUAUGAAACAGUGGUUGGCCCUGGGGAUGUUCUUUACAUCCCGAUGUACUGGUGGCACCACAUAGAGUCAUUACUAAAUGGGGGAAUUACCAUCACUGUGAACUUCUGGUAUAAGGGGGCUCCUACCCCCAAGAGAAUCGAAUAUCCUCUCAAAGCUCAUCAGAAAGUAGCCAUCAUGAGAAACAUUGAGAAGAUGCUUGGAGAGGCCUUGGGGAGCCCACAAGAGGUGGGGCCUUUAUUGAACACCAUGAUUAAAGGCCGUUACAACUAACCUGCCAGAAGGUCACGGCCUCCUGCCAGGUGAUUGCUGUUCUGCCCACAUGCUUCGUUGAUGAGGACAGGACACUCCAAGCACUAGUAUUGCACGCUGCACUUAAUGGACUGGACUCUUGCCAUGGCCCUGGAGGCAGGUGUCUGAGGCGAGGCAGGGUAGUUGACUCUAUUCCCAUUUGGAAAGGUUUCUCACCCUUGCCUCUUGAGCCCCAGAACCUUCCCUCUUUGCCCCCCUGAAGUCCUGCAUUUAGUGUGUGGA